AUGUGCCCGGCGUCCGCGCGGUCAACCCCUCACACACCCUGUCCUCCGCAGCCCCUGUGUGUGCCGGUGUACGUCAACUGCAUGGCGCUCACCGACCCCGCCAACCUCUUCCCCCAGGUUAGUGCCGCGUUAGUGCCGCUCAUUCUCUGCCCCUCGUUCUUUCCCCAUGCUGUAGUCUGCUCCUCUCACGCGCUCCUAUACGCGCUACUCCUGGUCUCUCUUUCCCCGUACCUGUUCCUCUUCCAAACACUCGUGUUGUUUAUGGAGCGCGCCAUAGCAGCGGCAGAGGCUGCGCACCACAGCUCUCCCUCAAACCACGGCGGACGGAAGGGCGCGCAGCGGCGAGGGGGCACAGGACGAGCGCGCGCAAGCGGGGAUGGCGAAGGGGCAAGAGAGGCCGUGGUGUCGCUGUUGCAGCAGAAGGUGCAGGAGGAGCAGGCGGAGGAGCAAGCGGAGGGAAUUGAGUCGCGGGUGGUUGAGGGCGAGGGUGCGAGGGAUGCAACUGAGGAGGCGAGGUCUUCAGGGGAGGAUGAUGACGUGGUGGAAGUGGUGGCAGGGGACGCACGGCAAGCAGGGGCCGCAGGGCAGGCAGGGGCCGCAGGGCAGGGAGGUGAUGCAGGGCAGGGAGGCAAUGCAGGGCAGGGAGGUGAUGCAGGGCAGGGAGGCAAUGCAGGGCCGCGCGCUGCAGGGAAGGCGCGGGUGACGCGAGGGACAGGAGGUGGCAGAAGAGGGGAGAAGGAUGGCGUAGGAGCAAGGAGAGUGCUGCGGCUGAGGGAGGGAGAGGCGGGGAAGGGGCAGGGGGGCAGGAGAGCCAAUGCUGGUGGUGACAAGCGGUGUGGUGAUGGGGGCACGGGCAAGUGUGAUGGGAGCAGUGGUGGUGGCAAGGGUGGGAGGAAACCCAUGAUUCUGGUGGUGGCGGACGAGGUGGAUCAGCUGGUGAGGGGCAGGGACACCUCCGUGCUCACCCACCUCUUCCUCCUGCCCUCCCUCCACGCCCACUCGCGCUGCAUCCUCAUCGGUCAGCAUAUCCAACUCCAUCCAUCUAAUCGACUCCCUGCUGCCACACCUCUCUCGCCCCAACCCAGCGUGCGCUCCCUUCCCUCCCCUCCCUCUGUACCGCCCUUCCCCUCCCUUCUCUCUCUGCCCUCUCUUCCUUCCCUACCCUCUCUGCGCUUCCCUCCUUCCCUUCCAUCCCAACCCUCCCUACCUCUCUUCCAUGCUUUUGUUCUCUUUUCGGUCAGAUUUCACUCUGCUUUGACCGUCUCCUGGAAUCUUACCCUCCCGCUCACGUGUUUGUCUCUCACCAAGACACUUCAUGCUGCUCAGUGCUCACCCGCAACUCGCCACCUCUCUUUUCCGUUUCCGUCUUUCAGGGGAGUCACAGCACGCCCAACACUGCUGCCGUUCCCAGCAUACGAUCGCAAUCAAAUCUACGAGAUCCUCUCCCAAAGGCUCCAGGUAUGUGCCAGUUGCCGUGCCCAUGUGCGGACCAUACCGCCACAUAUCCUCCAGUUCUCUCAUCGUCAUCCUGCUGCCUCUCUCACGUGCCUGCGCUCUGUGUGCCUCUCUCACGUGCCUGCGCUCUGUGUGCCUCUCUCACGUGCCUGCGCUCUGUGUGCCUCUCUCACGUGCCUGCGCUCUGUGUGCCUCUCUCACGUGCCUGCGCUCUGUGUGCCUCUCUCACGUGCCUGCGCUCUGUGUGCCUCUCUCACGUGCCUGCGCUCUGUGUGCCUCUCUCACGUGCCUGCUGCCUCGCCCCUCUCUCCUUGCUUCGCUCCGCGCCCCUCUGUGUGUGUUCCACUCGAGCAGGCUGCUGGAGGGAUGCCAGUGGGAGCAGCAGCGCGUGCGGCAGCAGCAGUGGAGGGAGGGCCACGGGAGGGCGUGUGCGCAUCGUUCUCCUUUGACCCCAUGGCGCUGCAUCUCUGUGCCCGGGUAAGUCGUUUCGCCACAGGAGGGAGUUCAGUAGGGGCAGCAGCGAGUGGAGCAGCAGUGGAGGGGAGGGCACGGGAGAGCGCGUGCACGUCAUUCUCCUUUCAUCCCAUGGCGCUGCAUCUCUUUGCCCGCUCUUCCCCCCUUUCCUCCUCCCCUCUACCCCCUCCUUCUGUACCCCUGCUCUUCCCCCUACUCUCUUUCCUCCUCACUCGUCCUGCCCUGCGCCUCCCCCUCAACGCCCGCCUAUGUGCGUGCAGAAUGGCAGUGGAUGUGCUCGAGGCGGAGCUCCAGGCGCACCUGAGGGAGGCACACACGAAAGAGGCGCACGCAGGGGAGGCAGACGCGGGGGAGGUGGAUACUAGGGAGGCCCUGCCUGGUGCAGGCUCACCUGCUGACUGCACUGCUGGGGCGGCAGGGGACAGCAGGAGCAGCAAGCGGACGGCAGCGAGGGAGGCAGUCGGGCAAGCGACGGGCAAGAGGCAGCGAGCGGAGGCAGUGGCGGUGGCGGUGCAGCAAGGGGAGGCGGUGCACAUGCAGGUGCAUGUGGAGGUGCAUCACAUGGCGCAGGCCCUCUCCCGCUCCUUCGCCUCCUCCACCGUCGAUUGCAUUCGCUCCCUGCCGCUGCACCAGCAGGUACCAGUGCGCCCUCCUCCUGCAUGUGCCUAUAAUCCGGUGCUCCCUCUGUCCCAUGCUGCCUUCACACCCCCUCCACUGUCCCUCCCUCUGUCCCAUGCUGCCUUCACACCCCCUCCACUGUCCCUCCCUCUGUCCCAUGUUGGUGGCAUGUGUGCAGCAGCACCAGCAGCACAGGGCACGCCACUGCUCAAUCACCCCAUGCACCAAUCAUCUCAUACAACCUGUGUGUCCCAUACUGCCUCCACACCCCCCUCCAUUACACCCACUGCAAUGCAGAUGGUGCUGGUGGCGUGUGUACAGCAGCACCAGCAGCACAGGGCACGCCACCGCUUCAUCACCCGGGGCAAACCUCCCUCCACAGCCAACGACUUUCUCCUCUCCCAGCUGUACAGCAUGUAUGCAGGCUUGGCACGCUCGCUGCACGUGCCGGCCGUGACACUCAACGAGGUCACCGACAUGUGCGCGAUUCUGCACGGCCAGGCUCUGUUGCAAGUGGUGGGCGCUGGAAGGAACGCUGCCCGCCCCCAGGCCAACCUCUCUAUUACGCGCGCUUCUCUCAACCGCCGAGCCGCGCGCGCGCCGCAGCAGGCAGCCAUGGAAGCGUCGCACGAGGCGCUCGCGAAGGGCGAGGUGAUUGGCGACGUGCUCGACGACUUCGUGCCGUCGCUCGACAUCAAGGUGAAGUACGGUGACAGGGAGGUGCGAAACGGUGACGAGCUGACGCCAAACGAGGCAGCAGAAGCGCCAUACGUGGAGUUGGCGGGGCGACACGAGAACGGGGACCUUUACACACUCGUGAUGUCGGACCCAGAUGCGCCCAGCCCAGACAACCCCGUGGCGGCCGAGUGGCUGCACUGGCUAGUGGUGAACAUACCAGGCGCAACAACGCUCCCACACAGCAGCGCAGGCGAGGUGGUGACAGAGUACAAGGGCCCCUCCCCCCCCAUGGGCGUGCACCGCUAUGUGCUCUCCCUCUUCCGCCAGUCCCAGCGCAUCACCGCCCACGCUCCUGCUGCACGCAAGGGCUUCAAGACGCGCCAGUUUGCGGCUCAGCAUGGGCUGGGGAAGCCCGUUGCUGCCGUGUUCUUUCGCGCGAGGAAGCAGGAGUGA